AUGAGUCCGCCAGCACCCCUGGAUGUCAACCUGGUUGGCGUCUCCGAUACGUCGGCUGUUCCUAUUCCAGAACCCUUGACUGUCAAUGGCGUGCCAGCAUGGAGACAGAAGGUGGCAAAGAUCCCCACUGGUGUAGCUGCGGCAUGCAGCAGUGAUAUGUUUAAGAGCCCGAUUUGCUAUACCAAGCCCAAGGCCAAGCGGUUCGAGCACCGAUUUUCACUGGAAGCCAAGUCUCGCAAGGCUUCUACCUUGAAGAACGCUGCUCGUUACCUGAACACUCCAGGUCUUAUCUCGCUCGGUGGUGGAUUGCCUUCGCCUGAGUACUUCCCCUUUGAGAGUUUUGAUAUCAAGGUCCCCACUCCCCCCGGGUUCUCCCCGGAAGCCACCAAGAAGUCAGGCACAGUUCUCCAUGCUGGAAAGCAUGAUAUCCAAGAAGGAACCAGUACUUACGAUCUGGAGAUUGCCCUUAACUACGGACAAGCCACUGGAGCUGCGCCAUUGCUUCGUUUUGUUACCGAGCACACCGAAAUCAUCCACAGCCCUCCUUACUCUGACUGGCAAUGUACUUUGACCGCCGGCAGCACCUAUGCUUGGGACACUGCCCUCCGAGUGCUCUGUGAGCGCGGAGACUACAUUCUCAUGGAAGAAUACACCUUCGCCAGCGCCGCAGAGACUGCUUUCCCCCUAGGAUUGAAGGUCGCGGGCAUCCCCAUGGACGGCCAAGGUCUCCUCCCCGAGGCAAUGGACAACAUCCUCAGCAACUGGGACGUUGCUGCCCGAGGUGCGCGCAAGCCCCACGUCCUGUACACCAUUCCAACAGGACAGAACCCCACCGGCGCCACCCAGUCUGCAGAACGCCGCCGCGCCGUAUACAAGGUUGCGCAGAAGCAUGAUAUCAUCAUCGUCGAGGACGAGCCCUACUACUUCCUGCAGAUGCAGCCCUACGCUGGACAGGACGCCUCGCCUGUCCCUCCCCCAUCGAACCACGAGGAGUUCAUCAAGUCCCUCGUUCCCUCGUUCUUGAGCAUGGAUGUCGAUGGCCGUGUCGUCCGCCUCGAGUCUUUCUCUAAGGUUAUUUCCCCCGGUUCCCGGGUCGGUUGGAUCGUAGCAUCCGAGCAGAUUCUCGAACGUUUCAUCCGCAACUUCGAGGUUUCUUCACAGAACCCUAGCGGCAUUGCCCAGAUAGCGCUUUUCAAGCUCCUCGAUGAACACUGGGGCCACCCCGGGUACCUGGAUUGGCUGAUCAACCUGCGCAUGUCGUACACCGCUCGUCGCGACUCUCUUGUUCACGCUUGCGAGAAGCACCUGCCCCGCGAAAUCGCUCACUGGGAAGCCCCCGCGGCUGGCAUGUUCCACUGGAUCGAUGUUGACUGGCGCAAGCACCCUGGCGUCGCCGCUGGCAAGACUCACGCCGCCAUCGAAGAGGAAAUCUUCCUGUCCGCCGUCAACGCAGGUGUUCUUCUUUCUCGCGGCAGUUGGUUCAAGCCUGACCACGACACUGUCGAGGAGAAGAUGUUUUUCCGUGCGACCUUCGCAGCUGCCUCGUCCGAGAAGAUCGACGAGGCUAUCUCUCGCUUCGCUUCGUCUCUGCGCACUCAGUUUGGUCUGUAA